AUGUUUCCUGUUACAAAAAUGUUGUUUGUGCUCCUGCAGUUCUUGUUUGUAUUCAUCAGAAGUGGACUUGGCGUGAAACAGACUUUCUUUCACAGAAAAGCGGGACAGUAUUUACCAGAUAGUGUGAUCACAACAAAAUACGCAGAAUGUGAAUUGGAGUGUUCGUGGUUGUGUACAAUACACAAGGGAUGUUUGUCAGUAAAUUAUAAAGUUAGCGGGCUGAAUCAAGGCUUAUGUCAACUGAACAAUAACACAAUUUCAGAAAAGGUUGGAGUUACUGAUGAUCAUUUUGUGUACCUUGCUAUUGCAGUGUGGGUGAGUUAUUUCUCCCUUUUAUUAAAAGCCUUUAGAUUUUUCCUUCUAACUUACACGGCAAACCGCGGUUCCUUGUUAUAGCCGUUUGAAGUUUGCCGUUUAUAGCACAUAUUCCGGAUUCAGGCUAUGUACAGUGUCCUCGCUUAUCAUCAGUAGUAGCAAAAAACCCCGCGGAUUUUCUUUAAUUUUUACCAAAUCACAUAUUCACAUUUAAAUAAUAUAUAUAGCUGCACGGAAGAAUAAGUUCAAAUCACGCGGUACAAUCGUAUGAAAUACGCCACAAAUUUCUGCCAAAUUGUCACGAACUUAAACGUAAUAUUUAUCGUAAACGUGAUCGUAGAAAAUCGAAACAGGAAAAAAUAACAAUCAAUUGCAAAAGUUGUUGACAAAAUAAAAGUUGCUGGUUGGAUUGACUAUACCGUUCGAUGUCAAGAAAAGGUGGGUUUGUCCCGUGUUUUGUGAUGAAAAACUGCAACAAUUUUUAUUUAAUAAAAAAUCUACAAAAAUUCCAUGCGGCACGAAUACAAGAUGCCGGCGCUGGUGAUAAACCGGAAAUUUUUGCACGGCCUUCGGUGUUUCGUAACUUUUUUAAAAGAAUUGCACGAACAAGAAAUAGCAUGCAUGCAUGCAGGUGUACGUUUUCGAGAGUAAAUAGUUUAGUCACGCAGUCCCUUGGAAUGUGACGUUUGAACGAAAAAAACACACUAAAAUCUAACAGUCUUUAUACUUAUGUCUUGCAACUGUCCUUAUAGGCUUAUUUACCUUAUUACCUAAUUCUUUGAGGAAAGUAUGCAUUGAUCAUUCAUAGAGUGUAAAAGUGUCGACCUACUUUAACAAGAAAUACAGUUUUUCUUCAGAGUACCUUAGACUCUUGUACUGCAUUAUAGUACUUUACUAUCAGUUGAACAUAUUUAUGACAGGGUAACUGCUCAAGCAAUAAUACAGUGUUUUGUUUCAAAAGUGGAAGAGCGAUAAUGAUGAAUCAUCAAUUAAAUAUUUUUUAGAUAUUUGCAAAUUUGUAUUAUAGGAGGGCCAAUCAUUGAAUUUUUAUUUCUAUUUGGCGCAAAGAGCGAGUUAACUUUUUGUCGGCAUUAAUACCCACGCCACCACCCACUUGGUGUUGUGGCGACAAAGUGGCAAACGGAUUGCGAAUUGGCGGGAAUUGGCCGUCCCCUGUCGGCUGUCGUAUAGAUAUGUGUUUUAAAGUGAUAAGUUCGUGUUCAUUUUAAGUUCUAUUUUACCAUUAUUAAAUCAUUAUACAUAUUAAUGAUCAGAAAUUAAGCUACAGUACAUAAGCAAUGACAUAUGUUUCGAAAGUAGUAUAUUAUACGGCGAAACAUUAAGUGAUAUCAACAAUCGCCUGAUAUAUAAUUAUAUAAUUAUAAUAAUAGCAUAAGGAUAAACUACAUCUUUUUUCACGUUUCUUAAUGUCUCAUUCAAUUCCAUGGUUGGCCAACACCCCCCCCCCCCCGGGGCGUUUGUCGGGCAUUCUCAACUGUACUUGUUCCCAUAAAGGGUCGGGCAUUUGCUUUCUGCAGGUUAGCCCCGGGGUGGGACAUUUGCUCAAGGCUAAAAAGUCGAAUAUUUAUGGCUUGUUUCGCCAUUUAGCUGUACUUUAGUAUGCAUGUUUACACGUGCGUGCGUAUUGCAAAUUAAUCAUGUCGAACAUACACACAAUGACGUUUUUCUUGUCCAUCCUGUUGAUACAUUGACUUACUUCCGCAGUUUGAUAUUGCUGUAUAAAGUUUUGAGAUUUCAAUAUUUUAAUUAAAAACGUUUUGAAACGAAAUGGCUACAGAAUCUAUUUUAAAUACAGAUAUAUUGAUACGUGAUAGAGCUUCCAUUCGAUUUUUUGGAUCAGAAAUCCUCAGAAAAAACUUAUAUUUUGUCCCCAAGGGUGGGGCAUUUGCGUCAAUGUAAGUCCCCAAGGGUGGGGAUUUUGUAGCAUUAUUUGCACCCAUAGUGGGGCAUUUGCAACGGUGUUUCGCCAAAAUGACAAAUGCCCGACAAACGCCCAGGGAGGGGUUGGGCACCCAUGGAAUUGAUUGAGACAUAAGUCAUCUUAAAAUUUCGUAAUGGACGGGUUGUAAAAUCAUCCCCUCCCAUCCCAUAUUAUUAACGAAUCUGUACGUGCAUGUGAAAUCAAUUAUUAAAAUUACACGACUCUACUUGUUUUUGUGAAAUAAUAUGUGACAUUUCUAAAUUGAAAUACUUGUUUACCAUUUAGAGUCAAAGUAAAACAAAACCGCAAGAAAUUGCCAGCAAAUCAAGCUGCAAAGAAUUAUUUGACAAUGAUGGGUAAAUUCUUAUUUAUUUGCAAUAAUGCCUAAACCUUGAUUAUGAAAUAUGAAGCACCAAUAGUUGUUUCAGAUUUAAUUUCAGGUUCAAAUUUGACUUUCCCUACCACAACCGACUACCAUUAACUAAUGAGAUGCGUUUAAUCUACCCGAUUAACCAAUCAGAUGCGUACUGAACCAGUGAAAAGUAGUAAUAGCAGUGCCGGAAGCUAAAUCUGAACCUCUCUAAGAAACGGCCUCGAGAACAGCGAAGAAAUGUAACGAAACCAACACUAUUUUACAGCUCUUUACAAAGCGGUAUCUACCAACUGCAAUCCAAGGGUUCCUCACAGAAAUAUCCAGUUUAUUGUCACAUGACUGAGAUUCCCGGGUGUGGACCAGGAGGCUGGACACUAGUGAUGAAAACAAACGGUGAUCUGGUAAGGCAAAAAAUGUUUUGGUUUGUCGUUGUAGAAAAUGUCUGAGUCACCUAGUUUCCACGUCUUCAAAAGAUGAGCUUUUAAACCGAAACAAUAUUCGACUACUCUGACUUCUUUAUUUGGACAUAGUUAAUAGAGAGUUAAUAGAGAGUUAAUAGAGAGUUAAUAUUAACUAUGAUUUGGAUCAUUAAAUCAGAGACUGCUUGAUGGUCAAACUUGAUGUUUUCCCAUUCCGUCUUCGCUCUUGGUAAACUUAACUUGUUCUCUAUUUCUUAAUUACACAGAGUACAUUUACAUAUGAUUCCCCAUUGUGGACGAACAAGGAAAGUUAUGCAGUUGAAGAUGGACUUGAAGGAUUAACAGAGAAAGAAAGUAAACUGGCCUCUUAUUGGAACACUCCUUUCAAAAAACUAUGUCUUGGUAUGACCGUUAAUGGUGACAGAAAAUGGAUGAUGUUAGAUUACGAAGCAAGUUCGCUGUACAAUGUGAUCGCAGACGGAGAAUAUCGAAAAACAACCGCUGGACGAGUAGCAUGGAAGUAUUUGAUCGCGGGCUCUUCUCUACAGCUAUACUGCAAUGAAGAAGGUUUCGGUAUUUUUUACUCGAAAAGAAUUACAAUACGUCUUGGGUACAUGGCCAACAACCACGAAAAUUGUGAUAGAUCCGAUUCAUGUAUUGGGUUUGGCAUAUUUUUCGAUACUUGCCAACAAACCCCACAAAUAACAUGCGGUAAUAUUGCGCUUUGUAGUAAUAACGAUAACGGCCAUAAACUGACUGCGGCAUUUGGAUAUAUUUUGGUUCAAUAG